CCGCCCGCCCGCCGUGCCGCCCGCUCACUCCUUCGCGGCCGUCAUCCUCGUCGCCGCCGCCGCCGCCGCCUCCCUCCCGCCCGUCUUCCUCCUCCGCCCCCGCUGCCUCGUCUUCCUGCCUGGCCGGCUGGCUGGCUGUCGGCGGCGGCGGCGGCUCCACGGCGCAGGCCCGCUGCAGCGCAGCCGCUCUGAGUAACCAUUCAUGGAGGAACAUACGGUCACGCAGACCGAGCACAUGGCAACCAUAGAGGCCCACGCCGUGGCCCAGCAAGUCCAGCAGGUCCACGUGGCCACGUAUACGGAGCACAGCAUGCUGAGCGCCGACGAGGAUUCCCCCUCUUCGCCCGAGGACACGUCCUACGACGACUCGGACAUCCUCAACUCCACGGCCACCGACGAGGUGACCGCCCAUCUGGCCGCUGCAGGGCCGGUGGGAAUGGCCGCCGCCGCCGCCGUGGCCACCGGUAAAAAAAGGAAGCGGCCUCACGUUUUUGAGUCCAACCCAUCCAUCCGCAAGAGGCAGCAGACGCGGUUGUUACGGAAGCUGCGGGCCACCCUGGACGAAUACACCACGCGGGUGGGGCAGCAAGCCAUCGUCCUGUGCAUCUCCCCCUCCAAGCCCAACCCGGUGUUCAAAGUCUUCGGGGCGGCACCGCUGGAGAACGUGGUGCGCAAGUACAAGAGCAUGAUCCUGGAAGACCUGGAGUCAGCGCUGCUGGAGCACGCACCUGCGCCGCAGGAGGUUAACUCCGAGCUGCCCCCUCUCACCAUCGACGGGAUUCCGGUCUCGGUGGAUAAAAUGACCCAGGCCCAGCUGAGGGCUUUCAUCCCUGAAAUGCUGAAAUACUCAACGGGACGUGGGAAGCCGGGCUGGGGGAAGGAGAGCUGCAAACCCAUCUGGUGGCCAGAAGACAUUCCCUGGGCUAACGUCCGCAGUGAUGUCCGGACAGAGGAGCAGAAGCAGAGGGUGUCCUGGACUCAGGCACUGCGGACGAUUGUGAAAAACUGCUACAAGCAGCACGGCCGCGAGGACCUGCUCUACGCUUUCGAAGACCAGCAGACCCAGUCCUUGACCGCCACGCACAGCAUAGCCCACCUGGUCCCCUCCCAGACGAUGGUCCAGACCUUCAGCAAUCCAGACGGUACCGUCUCCCUCAUCCAG